AUGGAAAUAACAACAGAACGAAGUACAUUAAUUGAUAUAACUCGGAAUAUAACAUUUAGUAUUGCACAUGAUAUAUCUAAAGGAUUAAAUUCAGGGAAUCGAGAAGAAAUAAUAAUAGCAUUAGAACGAGGAAUUCAUUCAUUAGGGAAAUUAUUAGUUGUAACACGAUGGUUAGGAAGAAAUCCAGUAUUACAUGAUAUAGAUACAUUUAAUAGAGUAUGUCAAGAGUCAAUAAUUCAAUUACAUUCUAUUGUCAAAAGAUUAUUAAAAAAUGGAAAAAAAGAAAUACAACAACGAACAAGAUUUCCAGAAAUAUCAAUUGCAUUAGAAGUAUUAAUAAAACGUACAUAUCCACUUCCACAUAUUGAAAUAAAACAACCAAAUUAUAAAAAAAUUAUACAUUUAUUAGAACAAAGAAUAUGGAGAUAUUAUUAUAUUCAUUAUAAACAAAUUCAAUGUGAUCAAAUAGAUAUUUAUGGAGGAAUGAUAUUUAUUCAUAAUAAAGAAACAUUUAGUUGUUGGAUAACAAUUCAAAAUCCAGAAAUAGCAUUAUUAAGUAAUGAAAUUAAAUGGAGAAUUAUUAAAUUAACAUUUUUUAUUCCAAAUGAAAUAAAAGUAGAAGAUAAAAUUAUAGAAAGAAUAAAUAAAGAUAUAUUAAAUGAAAAUGGAAAAGAACCAAUUAAAAUAUUAAUUGAACAAUUAAAUAUUAUUGCAAAAAAUACACAUUUUAAUUCAAUAUUAAAUGAAUGUACAACAUUAAUAAAUAAAAAUAUAUUUCCAAAAUUAAAAAGUAUAAUUGAAACAAAUGGAAAUAACACAUAUUCCAUCUAA